AUGACAGAAGUAGACAAAUUAAACCAGCUACACAGUAUGACAGAAAUAGACAGAUUGAACCAGCUACACAACAUGACAAAAGUAGACAAAUUAAAACAGCUACACAGUAUGACAACAGUAGACAAAUUACAAAAUGUAAACCAGCUACACCGCAUGACAAAAAUAGACAAAUUAAACCAUCUACACAGUAUGACAGAAGUAGACAAAUUAAACCAGCAACACAGUAUGACAGAAGUAGACAAAUUAAACCAGUUACACAGUAUGACAAAAGUAGACAAAUUAAACCAGCUACACAGUAUGACAGAAGUAGACAAAUUAAACCAGCUACACAGUAUGACAGAAGUAGACAAAUUACAAAAUGUAAACCAGCUACACCGCAUGACAAAAAUAGACAAAUUAAACCAGCUACACAGUAUGACAGAAAUAGACAAAUUAAACCAGCUACACAGUAUGACAGAAGUAGACAAAUUACAAAAUGUAAACCAGCUACACCGCAUGACAAAAAUAGACACAUUAAACCAGCUACACAGUAUGACAGAAGUAGACAAACUAAACCAGUCACACAGUAUGACAAAAAUAGACAAAUUAAACCAGCUACACAGUAUGACAGAAGUAGACAGAUUAAACCAGUUACACAGUAAGACAAAAAUAGACAAAUUAAACCAGUUACACAGUAUGACAAAAGUAGACAAAUUACAACAGCUACACAGUAUGACAGAAGUAGACAAAUUAAACCAUCUUCACAGUAUGACAACAGUAGACAUAUUAAACCAUCUACACAAUAUGACAAAAGUAGACAAAUUAAACCAUCUACACAGCAUGACAACAGUAGACAUAUUAAACCAUCUACACAAUAUGACAAAAAUAGACAAAUUAAACCAGCUACACAGUAUGACAACAGUAGACAAAUUACAAAAUGUAAACCAGCUACACAGUAUGACAGAAGUAGACAUAUUAAACCAUCUACACAAUAUGACAAAAGUAGACAAAUUAAACCAUCUACACAGCAUGACAACAGUAGACAUAUUAAACCAUCUACACAAUAUGACAAAAAUAGACAAAUUAAACCAGUUGCACAAUAUGACAAUAGACACCAGAGAUACAAACUUAACAACUAAAUAG